AUGCAACAGUGUUCCAGGUUUUUAAAAACUGUCGACAACAAAGCACAAUACGCUGAGCUCCGAAUCCUGCAGAAGGCUCUUGACAACAAGAUCAAGAUUGUAUCACCAGCUUUGGAUCUAAUCGAAUUUAGAUCUGGUCGCGGCAACGUUCUUCUAGGAAACGCUGCGAGCCUCACGAAGGGUUUGCACCGAGACAUUGUGAGCUUGGGAAAGCGUCUGGAGAGAGCCGCCGCUACCGAGGAGCUGUACCUUGCAACUGGCAGCCGAGAAGUGUCUGCGGAAUGCCAUCGUGUUGAACUCCUGGGUAUCAUCAACGAUAUCAAGUUGCUGCUAGCGCGCAUUGACGGCGACAUUCCAUUUAUCCAGCUUGCCAUCACAGCGUCUGGCGAAAGCCUUUCGACAUCCCUUCCAGCAACCAUCUCACCGUCCAGAUUGCUCCAGGCAAGCAUGUUUCUCACAGUUGGUGAUACGCAGUUUAACAGCACUUCCCGAAAUCCCACGCAAAUUGGACCAUCCUUCACCUUGUCCUUGUACAUGUUGUUCAUCAGCCAUUGUCCAUCUAUACAGGACUCAGGCAAGCAAGUGAACAGCCUGUCAGAUAAGAGCCAAUACGGGGGAGGUGUGGAGGACGUGAAAAAGGCAAUAUGGCAAGAGGUGGUGCACAAGGCUCGUGUCCGGCUUAUUUGGAUGAGCCCUGACUGGGUGUUCGAUCAGAAGGUAGGAGAUCUUCCCAAAACUCCGUCUAUGACCGGAUCGGGCACGGAUUUCUGUUCCAAUACCAAGGUUGGUCCAUUUUCUGGGAUGGAUGGAUAUUCCUACCACCUGGAAAUUACCGAAGACCUAGACGAUGGGCGAGUCCAUGAAGCGGAGGACCAAGAAAUGCGUCGAGCAGGAAUCCGCGAAUCGAUACCAAUCCAUCAAAUAUCGAAAAUAUUUUAUACCGACACUGGACGGAUAUUGAAUAUUGGGGAGACGACCUCCUUCGAGAGCAAUGCUGUUCUGCUACUGAAGCGGGAUUCUUGUGCCACGGUGCCGACUUCAGCGUUGGAUCAUAUAAAACCACAGCAAGAUGUGGACACGGAAACAGGACCGUGCCGCUAUGAAGUUGUAGAAAGGCAUCCGCUACUAACUAGCCAAGGAGACAUCGAUCGGCAACUCAGAAGAGAAGCAGGAUAUUUCCCCGCUGUAGUCGAGCCUGCUACCACUGACAAGCAUGGAGAAAGGCACUUCCCCCGCCAUUUAGACCCCGAAUGGCUAGCAUUGGAAGUCUUUAUCGAGGAUGACGAUGUGGGAAGCGACGAAGACGCAGAGAAUGGGGUUGGGGACGAGGACGAGGAUCAUAACGAAGAGAACGAUUUGACUUCCGAUACUUUAGAGCAGAUCCGGCACCUGUCCAUGUCUGGAACGGAACCGGCAAAAUCACAAGACCAGUAUGAAGAGGGCCAUGCAGACUUGAAAAAUGUAAACAUAAACAUGCAGGACACUUGUUAUGCUGGAAAUCCUGGAGAGGGGCCACCUGCGUCUUGCUCGCUCCUUGGAACGGCCGCAUCCUCUCUUUCGUUGCUUGAAAUGCUGAUACGGCUCACCAGUCUUCAAGAGUUUCAACAAGUGUCCCAUCUCUCUCUUCCGGACCACAUCCUGACAUUUUUCCUCGAAGAAUCCUCAACGACAGGACUGUGUGGAGAGGAGCAGUGGAAGGCCAAGAAAGAAGCAAAGCAGAGGAUGGGUUUUGAUCCAUAUAUUGAUACCCCGAAGUCAUAG